ACACUGUGCUGUAUCUUUAAGAACGAGCUAACCCUAUGGGAGGUGUACUUGUCACUCAGGUAUCAUUAGCCAAUAAAGCCCUCCAGGUGACCUGCCAAUCAGAAGUGGAGGAGGAAACUUCCGGGUUCCGGGUUCCGGGUUUGCAGAGAAGUGUAAGUGGAGUCAGUCGUGUGUGCUGUGCUGUUCGACUAAAACUUCUCCUGGGAACUGCGUGGAGCGCUUGGGAAAGCAAGGAAUACCGCGGCAUGAAUGCAAUUACCUAUGAUGAUGUGCAUGUUGACUUCACUUGGGAAGAAUGGACUUUGCUGGAACCUUCCCAGAAGAAUCUCUACAAAGAUGUGAUGCUAGAGACCUACAGGAACCUCACUAUUAUUGGAUACAGUUGGGAAGACCAUACUAUUGAACAACAUUGCCAUCAUUCUACACUGCAUGAAAGGAAGGAAAGAAGUGAAACUGUAGAAAAACCAUCUUUAUCUACUCAGUGUCUUAAAGCCCUUGCAUAUGACAGUCAUCUUCAAAGGCCUGAAAGAACAAAUCCUAGAGAGAAACCCUAUGAAUGUAAUCAGUGUGGUAAAGCCUUUGUACGUCACAGUCAUCUUCAAAUGCAUAAAAGAACACAUACUGGAGAGAAACCAUAUGGAUGUAAUGAAUGUGAUAAAGCCUUUUCAUGUAUCAGUGAUCUUCAGAGGCAUAUAAUAAGACAUACUGGAGAGAAACCCUAUGAAUGUAAUCUGUGUGGUAAAGCCUUUGCAUAUCACAGUCAUCUUCAAAGGCAUAAAAGAUCCCAUACUGGAGAAAAACCCUAUGAAUGUAAUCAGUGUGGUAAAGCCUUUCCAUUCCAAUGUAAUCUCCGAAUACACGAAAGAAUGCAUACUGGAGAAAAACCCUAUGAAUGUAAUCAGUGUGGUAAAGCCUUUAUAUAUGACAGUGUUUUUAGAAGGCAUAAAAGGACCCAUACUGGAGAGAAACCCUAUGAAUGUAAUCAGUGUGGUAAAGCCUUUGCAUGUAUCAGUGAUCUUCAACAGCAUAAAAUAAGACAUACUGGAGAGAAACCCUAUGAAUGUAAUCAGUGUGAUAAAUCCUUUGUAUGUUUCGUUGAUCUUCAAAGGCAUAUAAGAACGCAUACUGGAGAGAAACCCUAUGAAUGUAAUCAGUGUGGUAAAGCCUUUGCAUAUCACAGUUAUCUUCAAAGGCAUAAAAGAACACAUACUGGAGAGAAACCUUAUGAAUGUAAUCAGUGUGGUAAAGCCUUUGCAUGGUACAGUGGGCUCAAAAUACAUGAAAGAACGCAUACUGGAGAAAAACCAUAUGAAUGUAAUCAGUGUGGUAAAGCCUUUGCAUGUCACCGUGCACUCAAAAUACAUGAAAGAACGCAUACUGGAGAAAAACCAUAUGAAUGUAACCAAUGUGGUAAAGCCUUUGCAUGUCAACGAGCGAUCAAAAUACAUGAAAGAACACAUACUGGAGAAAAACCCUAUGAAUGUAAUCAGUGUGGCAAAGCCUUUGCACGUCACAGUAAUCUUCACAUUCAUAAAAGAACACAUACUGGAGAGAAACCCUAUGAAUGUAAUCAGUGUGGUAAAGCCUUUGCAAGUCAAGGUUAUCUUCACAUUGAUAAAAGAACAUAUCCUGGAGAGAAACUCUAUGAAUGUAGUCAGUGUAGUAAAACCUUUGAUUGUCAAAAUAGUCUCUGAAAACAUGAAAGAAACCAUACUGGAGAAAAACCCUAUGAAUAUAAUCAAUGUGGUAAAGCCUUUUGCCCAUCACAGUACUCUUCAACAGCAUAAAAGGACACACACUGGAGAGAAAUGCUAUGAAUUUUAUAAGUGUGGUAAAGGCUUAGCAUAUCACAGUCAUCUUCAAGGCAUUAAAGAUCGCAUACUGUAGUAAAAACCCUACAAAUGUAUGUGUUAAAGCUUUUGCUCAUUGUGGAGACCUGAAAACUUGAGCCUGUUUCCAAGUUGAACAAAGGUCAGAGAGUUGGGACUUUCCUCUAGUUCCUUCAUUAUUAUUGUGAUUUUACUUCAAACAAAUGCUCCACCUAGAUAUAGUUCCAGGAGUUUUGUUCUCUCAAGGUUAUUGUCAACAGGUGUCUCUAAUUGCCAGACCUUCUACUCCAGGAAUAGAAAAGUAGAUUAGUUCCUGCCUCAAACAAAAGUCUAAGGAUUCAAAUUAGUUACAGUUCCCACUAUAUAGAUAACUUUGGAUUCCAUGGAGGGAGUGGUUUGCCUACAGAAUGUUUUGGUCUAAGGUGUAAGUGUGGCUUGUUUUGUUCUAGCAACAGAAUUUUUAACUGUGGAUGUAGGCUGCAAAUUUCAAUUGUAUGUUCAUUUCCUUGUAUCAUGUUAAUGCAGUCUUUUGUCUUACUCCUAACUUUGGGAUCAAGGUUAUUUUAAGCAGUUAGAAAUUAAAUGCAAAUGAAUUUUCAGGGCUCACUGGUGUUCCCUCCCAAUACUAUUCUAUGUGUUUCUCCAUUUUAUUCUUUUCAUUUGCAUCUUCAUAUUGUCUAAUAUAUUUCUAGUACCCAUACCGUUACCCUGAAGAGAGGGUUUUGUUGUUGUUGUUGUUGUUAUUGAGGAUGGUCCCAGACAGCUCAUCACAGUCAACUUCAAGAGGUAAAUGAAAAUACACUGGAAAGAAAGUAUAUGGAUUCAAUCAGUAUGGUAAAGCUUUUGCAUGUAUCACUAGUCUUCAGUAUCAUGAGAUAAAAUCAUACUACAGAAAAACCCUGUAAAUGUAGUCAGUGUGCUAAAGAUUUACACAUUAUAAAGGAGCGAAAGUUCUUGUAUGUAAUUAAUCCGUUAAAGCAUUUGCAUAUUACAAUAGUCUUUGACUAUCUGAAAAAGAUACUGAGGUAUUAUUAUAAAUUACCUAUUAAAAUCUUUAUCCAGCAU